GAGCUGGAGGACACCAACAAGUGGGGGCUCAAUGUGUUUAAAGUUGCCGAGUACUCGGGCAACCGCCCGUUGACGGUCAUCAUGUACAGCAUCUUCCAGGAGCGUGACCUGAUGAAGACAUUCCGCAUCCCCGUCGACACCUUCAUCACCUACAUGCUGACGCUGGAGGACCACUACCACGCCGACAUGUCCUACCACAACAACAUCCACGCCGCCGACGUGGCUCAGUCCACCCACGUCCUCCUCUCCACGCCCGCGCUGGAGGCUGUCUUCACGGACCUGGAGAUCAUGGCUGCCAUCUUCGCCAGUGCCAUCCAUGAUGUUGACCAUCCCGGUGUCUCCAACCAGUUCCUCAUCAACACCAACUCAGAGCUGGCGCUGAUGUACAACGACGCCUCGGUGCUGGAGAACCAUCACCUGGCCGUGGGCUUCAAGCUUCUCCAGGAGGAGAACUGCGACAUCUUCCAAAACCUGAGCAAGAAGCAGAGGCAGUCACUGCGCAAAAUGGUCAUCGACAUGGUGCUGGCCACGGACAUGUCCAAGCACAUGAACCUCUUGGCGGAUUUGAAAACCAUGGUGGAGACCAAGAAGGUGACCAGCCUUGGGGUGCUCCUGCUGGACAACUACUCCGACCGCAUCCAGGUGGGCAUGGGGACACAGGUGGGAAAUCCUUCCCGGCAUUGCCGGCGUAGGUGGGGCAGCGGCGUGGGGCUGGGGUGGGGGGUACAGGGCCAGGCUGGGGGGCUCAGCUCUGCCUUUCCCUAGGUGGGCUUCAUCGACUUCAUCGCCCACCCGCUGUGGGAGACAUGGGCUGACUUGGUGCACCCUGACGCCCAGGAGAUCCUGGACACGCUGGAGGACAACCGGGAAUGGUACCAGAGCAUGAUCCCGCGCAGCCCGUCCCCACCGCCCGAGGGACCUGGGGUGUCCCCUGCUGCCACCGACAAGUCCCAGUUCGAGCUGACGCUGGAGGAGGAGGAGGAGGGAGAGCUGGACACGGA